AAAAUUUCCCUGAUGACAGGAAGUGCGAUGAGGUCAGUGUCUGAUGAGAGUAUUUAAGCUGACCGUCAGGCUCCUAGCCUCACAGUCCUCCUGCUAUCACCUUCACCAGUGGAAGUUUCUUCUCCCGCACCGCAGCGUCGUCUCGACCACAGAGGAAACCAAACAUGUCCCACAUCAUGAAGGUGUUUCUGCUCCUGGCUGUCAUCAUCUGCAUCUCUACAGCUCAGAUGGGCCGCCAGUCAGGAAGGUGUCUGUGUGAACGCGUCAGGAACAUAAUCCCAUCGAAGUCCAACGUAAAGGAAGUCAAGAUCUACCAAGCGACCAUCUUCUGCGACAGAGUGGAGAUUGUGGUCACCAAGAAAAACGGCUUUCGUUACUGCCUGGACCCCGAGCUGGACGCUGUGCAGAAACUCCUGGCCUCCCUCGUGAAACCGAAAACAACAGCCUGAUCAACUGAGCUCCCGUCCACCAGCACGGACCAAUGAGAAGUUUGAUGACCUCUGACCCACCAAACGCACUUUCAGUGAAUGUAGACGUGACAUGAGUGAAAGCUUUAUAUCUAUUUAUCUCAUAUUUAUACUGACAGCACUGAGACUGUGUCUCCGCUCUAUUUUAUUUCCUUGUUUUUUAAAUGUGACUUGUGAACCAAACGGUUUGUAUUUUGGGAAUUUAGGAGUUUUUUAAUUAAUAAAAAAAAAUAAAAAAAAAUCAAAGAAGCACUGAGUGAUUGUUUUUUGUUCUGAGCCUGACACUGC